CUCUUUCAACGUCAUCUUCUCUGAAUGUGUCCGACUCUUCUUCCCCCUCUGCUUUGUCUUUCUUCUCCCGCGUUCUUUUUUCGCACUUUAUUCAGCCAAACCGCGUUUCCCCAUGAAUUUCCCGUGGACCCACUUCUCCCCUCUGUUUCCUCCAUUUCUCUUUCUCUCUCUACAAUCAAUGUCAAGAAAAACCCUAGCACACACCCCCACUUCUGGUAGUUGUUGUUGUUGUACUGUACUGUAUACCAUAAAUUGAAAGUCUUUAACGUCCUAAACAACAAGAACAAAUAGUAUCAAAGUCUCAAAACCCAUUUGGUAUUGACCACUGAAUAAUUCUUCCAUUCCCAUGGCGGAGAACGGCGAAGAGAAGCUCAUCGCGGUGGCUCGUCACAUCGCCAAGACUCUCGGCCACAACGAAACCAUGGCCGACGACAUACUCCAGAUUUUCUCCAAUUUCGAUGGCAGGUUGAGAGAGAAGCUCUCCGACAAGCUAACCGACGAAGACCCAAGAGCCUGUGCAGCUCUGGAACAGAACCUCAAGUCUCUCGACCGUCAGAUCAACCGCUACUUGUCAGCUGAUCACCCCAUCUGGUCCGACUCCGCCGACGCCUCCUCCUUCCUCGACGCCGUUGACGAAUUGCUGGCUGCCAUUCGUGACUGGACUCCCAUGGCCGCUGAUAAGCCCGUCGCCUCCUGUCUCGACCGCGCCGACGAUCUUCUCCAGCAGGCGAUGUUUCGGCUUGAGGACGAGUUCAGAUCGUUGAUGGAGCGAGGCGGCGAGUCGUUUGAUGUGACUCGGUAUCGGAACAACGAGUCGGGAGCGGAUUACGCGUUUGACUCGGACAAGGACGAGGAUGAGGACGGUGAGAUGAUCUGUUCCGGCGACGACGAUCCGAUCCCUGUUGCUCAUCCGAUCACUGACUUCGAUAUCGUCAUCGACGCACUCCCGUCGGCGACGAUCAACGAUCUACACGAGAUCGCGAAGCGGAUGGUGGCCGCCGGAUUUGGGAAGGAGUGCUCGCAUGCAUACAGCAGUUGCCGGAGAGAAUUCUUGGAGGAGAGCUUGUCCAGAUUAGGGUUAUCGAAGCUCAGCAUCGAGGACGUUCACAAGAUGCCUUGGUCCGACAUCGAAGACGAGAUCGAUCGGUGGAUCAAAGCCGUCAACGUCGCCGUUCGGAUCCUCUUCCCGAGCGAACGACGGCUCUGCGAUCGCGUCUUCUCCGGCUUCUCCUCUGCCGCCGAUCUCUCCUUCAUGGAGGUCUGCAGAGGCUCCACCAUCCAGCUCUUGAAUUUCGCAGACGCAGUGGCUAUCGGAAGCCGAGCGCCGGAGCGGUUGUUCAAAGUCCUCGACGUUUUCGAAACGGUUAGGGAUUUGAUGCCUGAAAUCGAAGUUGUGUUUUCAGAUCAGUACUGUUUGGUUCUCAGAAAUGAAGCGAUGGCAAUUUGGAGAAGAUUAGGAGAAUCAAUUAGAGGGAUUUUUAUGGAGUUACAGAAUUCAAUCCGCCGUGACCCGGCAAAAGCCGCCGUUCCCGGUGGCGGACCCCAUCCCAUUACUCGGUACGUGAUGAAUUACCUCCGAGCUGCCUGCCGUUCUCGGCAAACCCUAGAACAGGUCUUUGAGGAAAGCAUUGCUCCGCCAACUGGUGGCGGUGAUUACCGGAAACCCGACGACGCUUCGUCGUUGUCAGUUCAAAUGGCUUGGAUUAUGGAGUUACUGGAGAGCAAUCUAGAGUCAAAGUCGAAGAUUUACCGAGACCCUGCAUUGUGCUCUGUUUUCAUGAUGAACAAUGGAAGGUACAUUGUCCAGAAGGUUAAAGACAGUGAAUUGGGGUCUCUGUUAGGCGAUGAUUGGAUUCGGAAACACACGGCGAAGGUCCGGCAAUGUCAUAUGAAUUACCAGAGAAGUUCAUGGAGCAAGGCUUUGGGAGUGUUGAAGCAAGACAAUAAUAGUUCUUUGGGCUCUAAUGUUUCAGUGAAGGGUUUGAAGGAGAAGCUUAAGUUAUUCAAUAUGUACUUUGAGGACACAUGUAAGAGUCAAUCCAAUUGGGUCAUUUUUGAUGAGCAGCUGAGAGAGGAGCUGAGGAUCUCGGUUGUCGGGAACUUGUCUCCAGCAUAUCGCAACUUCCUCGGGAGGUUUCAGGUUGUUCCGGAGUUGGGGAAGCACGCAGAGAAGCAUAUUAGGUACACAGUGGAGGAUCUUGAGGCUCGGAUUAAUGAGCUGUUUCGGGGAACUGGUGGAUCUGCUGGUGGCAGGAAGUGAAAAGCGAACCAAGUAAGCUGUUGAUUGCUUGUGUUGUUGUAGUACGAAUGCUUGUUGUAGACUUGUUGUAGUUGAUAAAAGGUUUUAUUGUAGAAUUGUUUGUAGUUGAUAACGGUUUUGUUGUAUGUAAAUGAAAUAUUUUUAUGUUGUGUCCCUCAAUCUGUCUGAGCUCAAGUUGUUUUGAUUUCCUGUUUUUUUGGCUCAGUUAAAUGUAAGUUAUAUAUAGGUGACACAAUGUAUAAUAGUAAAUGCUGAAAUGGUAUUCAAAUUUCAAACAUGAGUUUUUUUUGUUGGAA